AUGCGUUUCCAUUGGGCGUUGACCCUGCAGGCGCUGUGGAUCGCCGUUUGCCAGGCGGCCAUGCAGCACUACCCCGCCGACUGGGGGCAUUAUGACGUGUGUAAAUCCCAGGUGUACACGGACGAGGGCCUGACUUGGGACUACAUGGCCUGCCAGCCGGAGGCGGCGGAUAUGACUAAGUACCUGAAGGUGACUCUGGAUCCACCCAACAUCACUUGCGGCGAUCCACCAGAGACCUACUGUGCCCUGGAGAACCCAUAUAUGUGCAACAAUGAAUGUGACGCCAGCACCGAGGAGCUGGCCCAUCCACCGGAGCUCAUGUUUGACUUCGAGGGCCGUAACCCCACAACCUUCUGGCAGUCCACGUCCUGGAAGAGGUACCCCAAAGCCCUGCUGGUCAACAUCACGCUGUCCUGGAACAAGACCAUUGGGCUGACCGACGACAUCGUCCUCACCUUCGAGUCGGGCCGGCCCGAGCAGAUGGUCCUGGAGAAGUCCCUGGACUACGGUCGCACCUGGCAGCCCUACCAGUUCUACGCCACUGACUGCCUGGACGCCUUCACCAUGGAGCCCAAGACGGUGCAGGACCUGACCCAGCAGACCCUGCUGGACAUCAUCUGCACUGAGGAGUACUCACGGGGCUAUGUGUGGAAAUACGACAAGACGGUACGCUUCGAGAUCAAGGACCGCUUCGCGCUGUUCGCUGGGCCGCGGCUCCACAACAUGGCGUCGCUCUAUGGCCAGCUGGACACCACCAAGAAUCUGCGGGACUUUUUCACCAUCACCGAUCUGAGGGUCCGCCUGCUCCGUCCAGCCACAGGGGCCACCAUGGUGGAUGAGAACAACCUGUCCAGAUACUUCUAUGCCAUCUCUGACAUCAAGGUCCAGGGCAGAUGCAAGUGCAACCUCCAUGCUAACAGCUGUGUGUUUGACAAGGAGAAGCUGAGCUGCGAAUGUGAGCACAACACCACCGGGCCCGACUGCGGCCGCUGUAAGAGAAACUACCAGGGGCGAGCGUGGAGCGCUGGGUCCUAUCUACCCAUUCCCAAAGGCACCGCUAAUAUCUGUAUCCCUAAUAACAUUGGUCCAGUUAUUCGGCCGAAUGUCUCAUCCCUAGGUGUCGCUAACCGAAAAGAAGACUGCGAAUGCUUCGGCCACUCCAACCGAUGCAGCUACAUCGAGCUGCUAAACACCGUCAUUUGCGUGAGCUGUAAGCACAACACUAGGGGCCAACACUGUCAGCUGUGUAAACUGGGCUACUACCGCAAUACCUCGGCAGAGCUGGACGAUGAGAAUGUGUGCAUAGACUGUAAUUGUAAUCCCUUUGGCUCAGUCAGUGUUCGCUGUAAUGGCACAGGAUUUUGUAAAUGUAAGGAGGGCACUGCAGGGCCCAAGUGUCACGAGUGUCUCCCUGGAUAUUUGUGGGACAAUGGCUGCAAAUCCCGGGUGUGCGACAACGAGCUCCUGCGCUGUCAAAAUGGCGGCGUGUGUGUCAACAACCUCCGCUGCCAGUGCCCUCCGGCCUACACCGGCCUGCUGUGUGAGAAACGCCGCUGCGAGUCGGACCUGGGCGGCUGCGGCGGUGGCACCGAUUCGAGCCAAGCCCCGCUCUCGUCUCCACCCGUCCACCGGCUGCUGCUGCUCCUGACGGCCUCGUGGCUGCUGAGGGAGGCCUCGCACCGGUCCGCCGCGCUCUGA